CAACCAUGUAUUUUAAUUUGUUGUUCCGCUUUGUGGGCUCAGUUCCUCCCACAUUUAGCACCUCGAGCUUUAGCUCUCAUGUCUGUGGAGACCCACAGAUCAGUGUGCUGCAGUGUGUCGGUUUCUCAGUCAGAGCUGCAUCCUUUGGUGCAACAUGAUCCUGCUGCUUGGUCUGCUUUGUGCUGUCUGGGUGGAACCUGCUUGGAGUCACAAGGAAGAUGGAAGUUUCAGUUUUGAGGGAAACAUUCAGCAGGUCUCAGUGGCCACCAACUCUGUUUACAUCGCUGCAGAGGAGAAGCUGUACCAGCUGAGCCAUGACCUGACUCUGCUGCACAGCCUGACCCAGAGAGGGAUCUUAAAGGACGACAAUGGGAUGGGUGAUGUGGAGUUUCAUCGAAUCUCAGAAACAGAUUUGUUAAAUGCAAGGUUUAGUGUCAAUAUUUUAAUUCCAUUUGCUAGAAAUGAUACAGUAGUCAGCUGCGGUGUGACCAACAAUUACUGUGGCUAUUGUGAGAUUCUGGACCUGAAGAACAUCUCUAAGCUGGUUUACAGUGAAUCCAUCCAGGUGGGACCUCAGAGGAGCAGCAGUGGGUCUGUCAGCUUUCUGGUGGAUGUGAAGGAGGAUUCAGGUCAGACUGAGACUUACAUUCUGACAGCGAUAAAGAACCCGAGAGACAAGACAGAGUGUAGUGCUGAUUUAAAGACAAUCAACCUUCAAAACACUGAUCAUAAACAGCCUGGGGAAAUAUUUUCCUGGUCUGGUCGAUCAGGUGUUAAACCUGGGAUCCAAACAGAAGCUGAUGUAGAGUUUGUGGACGGAUUCCAGAUCAACUCAACAGUGUAUCUGUUCUCCAACGUGGCAUCAGGAGGUAAAACCAACAAAGUCCGUCUGAUCUGGCUUCAGGCUGAAACCAGUAAAGCUCAGACUCUGGAGUCUCUUCAUGGAGCGACUCUCAGUUCCUCUGGAGGCAGCAGACUGCUGGCCUCCUCGGUUGUCCCAGGUGGACAGCAGGUCCUGUGGAGUGGAGUGUUCAGUGUGGACGGAGGAGAAAGCAACACUGAGCUGCUGCUGUUUGACGUCAGUCCUGAUCUCAGCAGGGAGAAGAAUAGAGAUCCAGACUUUUUUUACACAUCAAAAAGUACAAAUUCCUGGUCAAAGACUCUAAAACCAAAGGUUGUUCUUCUGAAACACGAUGACAUGACCUCUGUGUUGGCGACGAAGCAGAAGGCCUGGAUGGUGUUCUUCAUUGGAACAGCAGACGGAUUGCUUAUGAAGCUUGCUGUAGACAGGAACUUUAAGCCCACCUGUCCAGAGAUUCUCUACAGAGAGAGUGAAAAACGCAAAGUGUUUCCCAAAAUCCAUCUGGAUCAAGUGGAUCAGAACCAUGUGUAUUUGCAGCUCAAAAACAAGAUUGAGCGUGUUCCAGUGUCGAGGUGUAGCACUCACAGAAAUGUGAGGGCUUGUCUGUCGGCACAGGAUCCCCUCUGUGUGUGGUGUGUCUCUGAAGACAGCUGUACAUUUGAGGACCACUGCACAGAUUCAGAGUGGUUGUCCAUCCCUGAUGAGGCUCAACAGGAAGUGAUUUCCCACCGAGUUGUGAAGGUUUCCAGUGGAAUGGUCAAAGUAUUGAUCCAGACCCACCUGACUGUGCAGCAGAAGGUUCAGUCUAACUUCACCUGUGAAUUCUCCUCAAAUUCUAGUCAGAUUUGUAGGAAACAGGGGCUUUCAGCACAGUUUCCUCAAUGCACAUGCAUCCUUAUCGACACUCUGCUUACUGAUGUUCUGGAUGUCACCAUAAAGAUCGGCAUUGGGAAAACUGAGCUGACAGAGCAAAGAAAACUAAUCAACUGUUCAAGUAUUCAUGGACAACCAAGUUCUCCUCUGUGCCGACAGUGCAUCAGCUCUGGGUGCCAAUGGAUGGAGAACAGCUGUUCCUGGGCCAGUGAACUUACUCACAAUACCCAGAAGGAUGUUUGCCUGGAGAUGGAAGCUGGGAGGAAAAUUUCUUUACCAGAUGUCAUCUCCGUUACACCUAGUGUUGUGUCUCUGUAUGGGAAAAACCACGCUUUGCUGUCGGGUCAGCACCUGAGCGACGUGAUCGGAGUGAGAAUCUCGACGCACAUGGACUGUAGUCCUCAGGAAUCUCCUGUGUGGAACAACACUGGUGUCAGUUUGACCUUUCACAUCCCCACCACUGAAACUAGAAGAGUGGUCAAAAUGUGUGUUCUUCUGCCUGAUGGUAGUUGCCACGGAAACACUACAAUCUCCUAUCAGUCGUCCCCAGUCUGCACUGACAUAGUACCUCGGAGCAGCUGGAGGAGUGGGAAGAGGAAGGUCAAACUCAUUGGGACACACCUGGAGUUUGUGGAUGGGCUGAUGCAGAGCCACGCCCAGCAUCAAGUGUUGCUUCCCAGGAACAGCAGCAGUCUGGAGGUAGUUCUGCAAACUGUCUGUGGUGAAUAUAUUUUUAAAGGCACCAUUUUGAAUCCAAGAUCAAAUUACAAAUGAUAUAAAACAACUGCUGUAAUAAAACACAGAAGGGAAAAUAAACAGCAUUCGCAAAUUAGGUGAAUGCUGCUACUACUAAAGUGGAGGUGAAGCAUGAUUAAAACUUAGUUACAAAUGGUCAGAGGUGAAUGGGUGAAAAUGUGUUGGGACUAUAGAAUUGAGUAUCCUGUGCAUAACAGUAAAAGUAUUUUCUUUCUGGAAUAAGAAAUACAUAUUCACAUAUCUGUUUAUGUUGAACGGUUAAAUAAUGAAUAUAAGGGGCCUUAACACUGAGCCUUGGGGCACACCAGAAGAGAUUUUAAAUUUACUUGAAGGAUGGGAGGAUGAACGGUUUGUGGCUGAAAAGAUACAACGUUACAUGACAUGUUGUCUGACUAUUGUAAAUGUUUUGACAUAAAAUCUCUUUGACCAAACAAUUUUAAAAUAAUUUGCAGACUCUCACCUAUGAUACGCCUACAGCAGAACACAGUCAGAUUUGCUGCAGCACCGUUUUUAUGAAAGUAGCCAAUCAAACAGUGGCCUGUUUGGUCAAACUAACGUACUAUCCUGAUCCGGAGUUUACCGGCUUCACUACAGAGAGGCUGAGAAAUGAUGCCCGUGUUGUUAUUCACAAAAGUUCAGAUAAACUGGAGAUGACAGCAGCAGAGUUGUUGGUGUGGGGCAUUGAGGGUGAAAAACAACAUCCCUGUGUCAAAGUCAAAGAAAACCAUAACAAGACAGACUCCUUUAUCUGUGACAUCCAAGGAGUUAACAAUACUAACUUCAGGGCUAUAAAGAUUAAAUAUGGUGACACAACUGUGUGGAUGCAGACUCUGACUUCAUUACAUGUGGGCCUUCUGAUUCUACAUUUUCUUCUCAAAUGCUCUAUUCUUACUGUGCUGGUGGUUUUCUGUCAGUGGCAAAAGAGACAAGAAAGUUCUGAUUACUGAUCGUUUCUCAGCCAGAGGAUCACUGAGAACAAGUACAGCCCAAGGAUUCUAAACGUGUACAUCGUGAUCUUUGCUUUGUCUUUACAUUUUUAAACGUUGCAGUAUUUUCUAACGUCCUUCUGUGUCGUCCAAAUGUAUCCACCCUGAACCAUAAGUGAACUAAAUGGCUGAACACCUAGGAGCUGUUGAAUCGCCUUAAGAAAAGUCACUGAAAGCACUCGCUAUAAAAAUACAGACAACCUCCAGAAAGUUAUAUAUUAUCUUUUGUGUUACCAUGACAACUGACACAACUAUACAUUACUGUCAACACAUGACCACUGUCCCUUUUAGUCAGCGUGUUGAUUUCGAUGAGUGGAUGGACCAGAACCUCCCAUGCAGUGACGGCAUCUGCUGAACUGAAGCAGCGACUCUGAAUGUCAUUUUGUUUUCCAAGUGAAAGUGCAAGAAAUGUGAAUAUGUACAUUUGCACAUCUGCAGUGUAUAGUUACAUUAUAUACUUGGUGAAAUGUUUUUCUUUGUUUUUGUAAGGUUGACAGCAUUUUGUCAUGACCUAAAUAAAAAAAAUGAUUUAA